AUGCAAGCUAAACUUUCAGCGUUGGAGUCAGAAGCUUACAGCCUGGCAGGACACACCUUCUCCCUCACCAGCGUCGAUGACAUAGUGCAGGUGUUGUUCUUGGAGCUUCAUUUACCUCCUAAUGGUGAUGCAGGUGGACCAAGGAGUAAGAAGACUCUGGGUUACACCAGGAGAGGUGGAGGCAGAGCACGCCUUGGGAAGCACUUCAGCACCACCAAGGAUGUUCUGGAGAAACUCCGCCCCCUGCACCCUUUGCCAGGUGUGAAUCUAGAGUGGAGGCGGAUCACUAACGCCCUGACUAAGGUGGUCUUCCCCCUGCAGAGGGUGAAACAGCAUCAUCCUACACUAAAGAUGGACAGAUUAUAUCCAGUCGCCCAGACCCACAGCCACCGGUAGAGUGAGCUUUACUGAACCAAACAUACAGAAUGUCCCCAAAGAUUUUGAGGUUUACAUGCCCACAGUGAUAAGUGAAAGCCCACCUUCACAAAAUGCCUUCCAGGUGACUCGUAA